ACCAACCAACCAAAACUCCAAAGCCCUUCUUCCCUUCCUCUUCCUUCUCCGAUCCAACACCCGAGAGAAGAGAGAAGCCGGGAGACGAGAGAGCCUCCCACAUGGCACUCCUCGCUGCUCCUCUCCUCUUCUUCCCCCUCACGGAACCCUCUCAUUCCCCUCCGUUGCUCCCCUUUCAACGGAGAAACACCUUCAAGCCCUUCCUCUCCACUCCCUUGAAGUCCCUGAGAUGUUCUUCUUCAUCCCAGAGGCAACAAGAGCGCACCCUUGAGUUUGAGCGCCUCUUUUCCAACCUAAACCAAGCCACUAUGAAGAGAGAGCCAGGUAGUCUGACAAGCGCUAUCUUUCUAGUGGCCGGAACCACGGUAGGUGCAGGUAUACUUGCCAUCCCUGCUGUUACCCAAGAAGCCGGAUUUUUGGCCUCUUCUGUGACAUGCAUUCUUUGCUGGAUCUAUAUGGUUGUGACCGGAUUGUUGAUUGCAGAAGUAAAUGUCAAUACUAUGUGUGAGCUUGGCUCAGGAGGUGUCUCACUGGUCUCAAUGGCAAUGAGAACUCUUGGCAAAUUUGGUGUUCAAGUUACAUGCUUGUCAUAUUUGUUUAUACAUUAUGCCCUUCUUGUUGCAUACGUGGCUCGCUCUUCAGAUAUUUUGACAAAUUACUUAGGCAUUCCAUUAUGGGAGAGUGCCACCCUGUUCUCUCUGGUUUUUGGAGGCCUUUGCUAUUUUGGAAGCCAGCGGGUUAUUGGUGCAGUAAAUGGAGUUUUGGUGUUUGGUAUACUUGCAUCCUUUGCAACCCUUGUGGGGGUGGCGAGUGGGAAUUUGCAAUGGGACUCUCUUCUUCAAGCUCAUGUCGAGGCAAUCCCACAAAGUAUUCCUAUAAUAGCACUUGCAUUUGUUUAUCAGAAUGUAGUUCCUGUCCUAUGCACAAAUCUUGAGGGCAACCUGUCAAAAGUGAGGACUUCAAUUGUCCUUGGUACAGCGAUUCCCCUCAUUUUGUUUCUCAUCUGGGAUGCUGUUAUUCUUGGUACUAUUCCAAAUCUCGAGUUAAAUGGUGUCAAUGUCACCGAUCCACUACAGCAAUUACGUUCCAACAAUGGAAUGGUUGGACCAAUUGUUGAGGUGUUCUCUUUUCUGGCAAUAGCAACAUCAUACAUUGGCUUCAUUCUUGGACUCACAGACUUUGUCGCGGACUUGCUUAAAUUACCCUCUGGUCAGAACAAGCCUCUUCCGUACCUAGUGACUUUGUUUCCACCGCUGGUUUUAGCGUUACUUGAUCCUGAAAUAUUCUUCAAAGCUUUGGAUUUUGCAGGAACUUAUGGAGUUCUUGUCCUUUUCGGACUUAUCCCCGCUGCAAUGUCAUGGUCAGAAAGAUACAACUCUUCGUCCUUAACUCCAAAGAUUUCUCCGGUGGUGCCGGGAGGAAAGCUUACUCUGUCCAUCACAAUAGGCGGCGCAACAUAUGUUAUUCUAUCAGAGAUUUUGAAGAACAUCCAUGCAUGAAGAGUCACAAAAAAAGUCUCGUUGACGGGAAUUUGUGCAUUUUUUGUGAACAUUAAACUUUGGCAGAUUCUUUCAAAAUCAGACAAGUGGACCAAACAAUAUAUCUUAAUGAUGGAUGCUUGUUGGUUUUUUGAUCUGGAAGGGUACUGUCACACAAAUUUAAUUUGUAGAUGUUUUGUUUCCCCCAGUUGCAGGAAAUAUUUGGUUUAUCAAACUCUGAAUUUCUAAUGCAUGUUAAGGGGUAAUUUCAAGAAUA